CUGAUUGUGUAAAAUCUUAAUCCAUAAAAAUCUGUAACGGGGCGAAGAGGAAGGUGAAGUUGAUAUGGAAGUAGAAAUGGAGGAGUUAGAAAGAGUCCAAACACGAAUUCUUAAAAGAAUAGCAGACCUUGAACUUCAGCUCUCUCUCUCCUCCGAUGAUGACGCCACAGCCGAGCGUCUCUCCGGCAUCUUGCGCUCCAAUGGCGUCAAGGAAUUCAACUUCAAGGUGGUCCCUUCCGAUUACUACGAUCGUUCUCUAGAAGCCAGACGAGACCUCCUAUCUGCUCCUUCUAUUCAUCAUCUUUGUAAAAGCAUUGUUUUGGUGAAUACUCAAGCCCAAUCUCACGUUAUUGAUUGUAGCAACCGCAAUAAUUCAAAGUACUAUGUGGUUGUUGUACAGUACACUGCAAGAUUCAAUGCAGAAACGGUAAAAAACUACCUGUAUUCACUCAACGAGGGAAAAGUGCCUAAAAAGAAAUUCAACUUGAGGCUUGCUCCAGAGGAGAUAUCAAACAAUUUAACCGGCUUUGGGCAUAAUGCUGUUACAUGCAUUGGCAUGAAGACUGACAUACCGGUUAUAUUGGAUGAAGCAAUUGUGAAGCUUUCCCCUGACUACUUCUGGUUGGGAGGUGGGGAGAUCUACUUAAAGAUGGGGAUCCGGACAUCUGAAUUUAUACAAUUUGUGAAUCCUUUUAUUUUCAGCUGCAGCACUGCUUGAUUUAUGAUUCAACAAACAGGUAUUGAUUCAGCUAGUGGUGCUAUUCUACCAGAUAUUUUAUUUCAUCAGAGUUGCAGAGUAAUCCACGUCUUAGAAUUUCAAGUGUUGAAAUGUAUAUCGUGAUACAAAUUUGUUUGAAAAAACGAGAGGUCCCUUUAUGGCAUGGGGUUCCUCUGUUCCAGUUGAUUGAACAAUUAAGCAUGAUGUCUUUUGAGUAGCUUUGCAAGUGGGAUUAAUGUCCCCAUGAUGUCUCAAUGUAGCUUGCAUGAUUUUCAAUUUUGUCAAAGAUGGCCGGUUCAAGUAUUUGUCCUAAACGUGUUUUCUUCUUCGUCCUGUACUCGUACUCGUACAUAUAGAUAUGGGUCAUUAUCUUCUUUAA